AUGUCCUCAUCGGAAUAUGACCUAGGACCUGCGGUGGAUGGUGGUCGAGGCGAUGAAACCUCCAACCUGGGGGGUACCACGGCAACCGUGAUGUUUCGUCUCGAUGUCGCCCUCAAGGACAUGCCGGGAGUCACGGCUCUGGACAAGGUGAACACUUUUAUGAGCAAGUUGGUUGCCGCCAAGGAACUGCUGGGGGGCUUGGAGCCAGACGUACUACUACAAGCUCGCAGCAAAGUCGAUGAACCCGACCGCGAGUUGUACAAGAGCCCAGCCCUGCUAAAGGCUUACGAGCAGAUCUCCAAGGACACACAUGACGCACCCGAUGAUGAGUUCGAGGCUGCGAUGAUGGCUGCGUUUGGGGCUGUCGAGAAAUCUGAGACAUCCCAAGAGGGUACACAUCCACAGGAGCCACCUCUUCAAGACACCCAUCCUAUCAUGCAGCCGCCACGAGUCCGACCUCACGAGAACACCGGCCGCCAGUCCAACCCCGCAGAACAGGAAGCUACCUCGGAAACCCCUACUCCUGAGUCCAUUCCUCCUCCCAAGCAGAUACCAAGAUGGAAAACAAGGUGCACGAAGGAAGAGAGGCACAACCUUGAUCCCGCUAGUAAUCUCCCUUGUCCUCGCAAAGCGUGUAACUUCCUCCACGACGACCAACAUGCGUAUAUGGUCGAGGGCCUGUAUCGAAAGGAUGUGAGCACCGGAAAGAUACAAGCAUGGGAUCUGAAACUCUAUACCAGCCGCGCCGGGCACAACAUGGGCUUAGAGAAGGUGGGCAAGAACGACCGGAAAUUUGAUGCAAUCUUCAAGAAGUUGAAGAAUAAGGACAAGGCAACCGAGACGAAGGCCAAGGAAGAACACGCUCAAAUGAAGAAGAAGAAGUCUACUCUGGAGGUCAAGCCUGCUCCUGAGACUGCACACAAGUCUACCAAGGCUGCCACGGACGCUGAGGCUACUGCCAAGGCACCGCCCAAGAAGCGUAAGGUCGCGGCUACCACGGGAGCGCAGGGAACUGCGGAGCAACAAGCGAAGAAGAGCAAGGGUGGCGAGGCUGACCGCUAG